AUGCCGAACAAGAAGUCCAAGAAUGCCUCCAAGGCCCUGGGCAAGACCACGAUGCCGAGCACAGCGGCCGCCGCUUCUCAUGUCCCACGAAUCUCGCCUCUACCAAACACGUCUGAUGACUUCCGGAUUAAGAACGCCGAAGCGAAGAGCCUAAUAAUGGCGACCCUCGUCCCGGGCAGCGAAGCGUGGAGGAUUGCCGAACCCAUCGAACUGGCCUCCACGAUCAUGAAGACGCUGGAGGCGAGAUACGCGCCCAAGGACGCGGCCGGCAACCCUCUGCGCGGGAAGGAUCUUGUGGCAUGGACGGCCACCAACAAGAGCAAGAAUGAGCUGGUCGGCCUUCUUGGGCUGGAUAUCUACGACGGCGCAACCUCGACGGAGUUUAUUGAGGACUUCGUGGCCGGGAAGCCGAUGGACAAGUACAUGAAUCUGUAUAGAGAGAAGCUUGCAGUGGCACAGGCCAACAGGGCGAGACUGACGUCCAGUCGCCCGCCAGCAGCGGAUGACCCCAGGAAGACACCAGCCGCUUCGAUAUAUGCGGAUCCAUCGAAGACAGGGUGGGAUGAAAUGAGGCCUGUGUCUACUUCUCCACCAACCCAAUCAAUGACAUCACCUGCUCCUCAAGCUCCCAGUGCGUCCCAGUCGCAACCGCAAGCUCACCCUCCGUUGCAGUCUCCAGACGAAGAGGACCUCCCCAUCCCAGAGACAUUCCAUCUCCCGCCACAGCUUUCAACGUCCCCUCUCACAGCUGGCUCAAACUCCUCACGCUGGCAAGCUCAUCCUGUCAAACACGAGUCCUACCUCUCCGAACAGCAGGCGACUCUCUUUGCUCAUCACGACGUCGACCGCAAAAAGCAAAUCCAAGUCGCAGCCACAAAGGUUCUCAUGCAGAAACUCCCCACUCGCGAUUUGAGGCUCCUCUGGGCUGUGCUGUAUGGUGGGGAUGAUGCACCUUGGCCUGGGAGUUGUUCGAGCGUGAUUCCUGGAGUGACUAGUUUGCAAUGGGGAGGCAAGGAUUACGAGAUUGAUCACAAAACCUGUGUCUGGAGUUGGAAUAACAAGGCCGAAGAGAAGGGGUGA